UUUUUUUGUUUUUUUUAGUCUUCAUCAUGGCUUCAGCAAUCUUUAUAUUAGACCUGAAAGGCAAGGUGCUUAUUUCUCGUAAUUAUAGAGGUGAUAUUCCUAUGAGUGCAGUAGAAAAGUUUAUGCCACUGAUAUCAGAGGCAGAAGAUGAACAGAUUCCUUUACCUUGUUUUACUCAUGAAGGCAUCAACUAUUUAUACCUCAAACACAGUAAUCUCUAUCUCUUGGCCAUAACCAGAAAGAACACGAAUGCAGCUUCCAUCAUGCUUUAUUUACACAAGUUGACCGAAGUGUUUUCAGAGUACUUUAAAGAACUAGAAGAAGAAUCGAUUCGGGAUAAUUUUGUUAUCGUGUAUGAAUUGUUGGAUGAAAUGAUGGAUUUCGGGUAUCCUCAAACAACAGAAACCAAGAUUUUACAAGAAUACAUUACACAAGACGCCCAUAAGCUUGAAGUGCAAGUUCGUCCACCCAUGGCUGUUACGAAUGCUGUCUCUUGGCGCUCAGAAGGUAUUAAAUACAAAAAGAAUGAAGUCUUUUUAGACGUGAUUGAAAGUGUAAAUCUUUUGGUCAAUUCAAAUGGUAAUGUGUUGAGAAGUGAAGUAUUGGGUUCAGUCAAGAUGCGAUGUUAUCUUUCUGGUAUGCCUGAACUUCGUUUAGGUUUGAAUGACAAGGUGAUGUUUGAAGCUACAGGAAGAUCCAAUGCUUCUUCCAAAGCCAUUGAGAUGGAAGAUGUCAAAUUCCAUCAAUGUGUAAGACUAUCUCGAUUUGAAAAUGACCGUACUAUCAGUUAUAUCCCUCCUGAUGGUGAUUUUGAAUUAAUGAGCUAUCGACUUCAGACAACAGUGAAGCCAUUGAUUUGGGUAGAAGCUGUUGUAGAGACAUAUUCAGGAUCCCGUGUAGAAUACCUUGUGAAAGCAAGGGCACAGUUCAAGCGAAAGAGUUCAGCCAAUAAUGUUGAAAUUGAAGUGCCUGUUCCUGAUGAUGCUGAUACACCUAAAUUCAAGUGCAGCAAUGGUUCUGUCUCUUAUAAGCCUGAAAGAUCAUGUUUGGUCUGGAAGAUUAAACAAUUCCAAGGUGGUAAAGAGUUUAUUAUGCGUGCUCAUUUUGGUUUGCCUUCAGUUCAAGCAGCUGAAGAGGCAGAAAAGAAACCACCUAUUAACAUUAAGUUUGAAAUCCCUUAUUUUACUGUCUCUGGUAUUCAAGUGAGAUAUUUAAAGAUUGUUGAAAAAAGUGGAUAUCAAGCAUUACCUUGGGUUCGAUACAUUACACAGAAUGGAGACUAUCAAAUGAGAAUGCCAGAAUCUAUCAAGGCUUCUAAACGCAACAAUGCCAACCAAGAUUAUUAACGCCCCCCUUUUUUUUAUUGUAUUUUAUUUUGAAACGGCAUUUUAAACUUAACUUUAUCUGCAUCAAUAAAAAGGACUCCACUUCUUUAUCUUUCUCAUAUUUUCUUC